GUCACAAAGAACUAUCCUUCGACUAUUAUUAUCUGUUCCUCGUCUGCUAAGGGAUCGAAUACUCCUAGCCUAUUUAUAUACGAAACAGCGCUUCAAACAGAUCAGCUACCCGUUAGGAUCAUCUGAGAAAAGAGCCGGGAAAACCCAGAAACCACAAAGGUACACCAGCUUCAAAGGUGAGUUGUCAAUUUCUUUACAAAAACGCAAGAGGAAGUUUCCUAUGUUUGCCCUUGGUCCGUUGGGCCUGUCCCUGUUGGGUUGCGAGUUGAGCUCGAGUCUCAGUCAACCACAGACGCACCGCACCCCCUGGGGAACAAGAAAACUUCAGACCUUGAAUAACGAUGCCAAAAUCAACUCAUCAAAAGAGUCUUCUAAGCUUAUGACAAACUUACCUAAGUAUUUUUGUCGCUUAGGAUCAAGGUCCUGUAUUUCCUUGCGUCCCCUACUUAACACCCCCCAAAAACACAAGCACAAGCACAAGCGGUUUGCGGUUCUGUUCUGUACCUGUAUGGUACUGAUCUCUACCCAUGCAACGAUAGCAUCACCCAAGCAGAAAAAGAGCCCACCGCGAAAGUUGUCCGGUGAGCUCAGCCCACCUUCUACCUCUGUUUGGCAUCGGGCGGCAUGCCCCUUCCCCCGAGAGCUCCAGUGGUCCGGAAUAACGGCGCCCUAUUUGCCCGCCUGCAUCGAGUGCUUGGGGGAGGACAUGACCAAUUGCAUCAGGCCAGAAUCUGGUUUACGCAAUAGUCAUAGCCAUGGGGCCUUGUGGAUAUUCAGUGCUUUUGCCCGGACAGAGACCACUGAGUUCUUGAGAUAAGAACCGUUGGGCUCUGUGAUGAGGGACAAGUGCCUCGCAGCAAUGAUAGUCUCGAGUCCCGAGUCUCUUACACGGGAAGAGUGUUGAGAGACGUUUCGGAGGCGAAUUGAAACAUUUCCUCGUCAAUUCAUUACCCAAAACAGUCUUUUAUUGACUGGCGCGGUCCGUAGCUUACUGACAAAAGUUGCUGUUAGGUACCUUUUUU